AUGUGGAAACAGGCCUCCACCCAGAAACUGACUCUCAUCUUGUACCUGGACGCUGAAAAUGCCUUCGACAGGAUCUGUCUUCACACUUUCUUCAUCAUCCGUGUUCAUCUGGGGCAUCAGCACCAUAAACCAUUAACUCUGGCUUCCUUUCAUCUUGAAGGUGGCGAGGUUGCUAUUUAUCCCCUAGCAAUCAAUGAGUGGCGUCACCAGUACUGUAAUGACGAUUGCACCAUUAAGGAUGACAGUUUAGAAAGAAGAGGGCAAUGGUGAUCCCUCCCAGAGCCAGUCCAGCUCUGAGCACUGAAUGCAUCGCAGGAUCACCCUGUAUCUCCACACUGCUCAUCUGCCUGUCUCAGCCCCCUGCACUGGGUCUUUUGCUGGCUUCUUCACUCACACACAAUGGAGACCAGGAAGGAGAUGGUCAUGUUCCUGGAGGGAGGUCAGCUUGGCACUCUAGUUGGCAAGAGGCUGUCUAAUUUGUCGGACACAGUGGGAAGCCCCAUUCAGGAGCCGCAGGACAAGAUGAUUUCUAGAAACUGCCUGAGCCCCAGGUCUGUUCCUCUGACACCCCGGGAGAGGGUCCAGGAGGAGGGGGACAUGGCAGCAGGGCCGGACAGCAGGAUCUCGCCCACUCACCCAGCUCCUCACUCAGACUCCCUGUCUGCCAAGGGGCAGCACAGCAGCUCGGACACCGAGUCGGAUUUUUACGAGGAAAUUGAAGUCAGCUGCACCCCGGACUGCAACCCAGGCGGCCCCGACUACCAGCACAGCAAAGGUCACUGCCCUGAGGUUAUGAGCAGCAGCCCUGUGAAUGAAAGCGAUUUAUCAAAAGGAAGCGGUGCAUCCCAGAGCUCCAUGUCCUGUGCUGGGGACCAGAUGCGCAGGUACAGAACAGCCUUCACCAGGGAGCAGAUUGCAAGGCUGGAAAAAGAAUUCUAUCGGGAAAAUUAUGUAUCAAGGCCUAGACGGUGUGAACUGGCUGCAGCCCUCAACCUACCAGAGACCACCAUCAAGGUAUGGUUCCAGAACAGGAGGAUGAAGGACAAGAGACAGCGCCUGGCCAUGACUUGGCCCCAUCCAGCUGACCCUGCAUUCUAUACCUACAUGAUGAGCCACGCAGCUGCCACUGGCAACUUACCUUACCCUUUCCCAUCUCACCUACCUCUUCCUUACUACUCUCACAUGGGAAUUGGCACAACAUCAGCCUCAUCAGGCACCCCCUUCAGCUCACCUCUGAGACCACUGGACACUUUCAGAGUCCUCUCCCAUCCCUACCCCAGGCCAGAACUUCUGUGUGCAUUCAGACACCCCUCUCUGUAUGCCUCCCCUGCCCAUGGACUUGCUGCUGGAGGGAACCCCUGCUCCUGCUUGGCAUGCCACACUAGCUCUGCCAAUGGAUUGGCACAGAGACCUUCAGCUUCUGACUUUAACUGCUCUUCCACAUCUAGAUCAGACUCCUUCAUCACCUUCACUCCCUCAGUCUUGAGUAAGGCCUCCACGGUUUCGCUAGACCAGAGAGAAGAGGUCCCACUGACCAGAUAAAAAACAUAAUUCUUGUCCUACAUGCGUCAGUUUCGCAAUCGUAUAACUGAUUUCGUCAUGUUGAUGUCUUAAUCCAGUAUGCCAGUUUUUGAUGAAUGGUGGCAUUGAAAUGUACCAGGCCAUAAGUUAUAUCUUCACCAGAGCAACCAAGAAAGCUAUGGAAGCAGUGAAUGGAAUGUCUAGGAUACUACACCACAAAUAGGACUACUUUUUAAAAAGGGAUUCUUUUUUAGG